AUGACUUCUAUGUUGAUGGGUAAGGCCCAGAGAACUGAAAUGUAUGAGCAAGAAAGGUUGCACCAUACUCCUUGGGUUGAAAAGUACCGUCCAAAAAAUUUAGAUGAUGUUGCAUCGCAAGACCAUGCUGUUAAGAUUUUGAAGAAGACACUUCAAUCGGCCAAUUUGCCACAUAUGUUGUUCUAUGGUCCACCAGGUACAGGUAAGACAUCUACAAUAUUAGCUCUUUCCAAGCAAUUGUAUGGGCCUCAUUUGUAUAAAUCGAGAGUGCUAGAAUUGAAUGCAUCUGACGAGAGAGGUAUUUCAAUUGUAAGACAAAAAAUAAAGAAUUUUGCUAGAUUAACAAUAUCCAAUCCUUCCAAAGAAGAUUUGGAAAACUACCCAUGUCCACCGUACAAAAUUAUUAUCCUUGAUGAAGCAGAUUCAAUGACGAAUGAUGCACAAUCAGCAUUAAGAAGAACUAUGGAGAAUUAUUCUGGUGUGACCAGAUUCUGUCUUAUUUGUAACUAUAUCACACGUAUAAUUGAUCCUCUUGCAUCCAGGUGCUCUAAAUUCAGAUUCAGAUUGUUAAAUAAUAACAAUGCUUUGAACCGUUUAAAAUAUAUAGUGGAUCAAGAAGAUAUUACUUUGGAUAACGAAGAUGUCCUCGAAGAAGUGUUGAAAAUUUCUAAUGGUGACUUAAGAAAAGCCAUUACAUACUUGCAAUCUGCAGCUAGACUACAUGCCUCGUUUAAUAAUAGAGUUGAUGAAAAUGGUGACGUCGAAAUGGUUGAUGCUGAAGCGAAAAGUAAAAUUACUAAAGAUUCUAUACAAGAAAUCGCAGGCGUAUUACCAGAAGCUUCGUUAGACCAAGUUCUAAGUGCCAUUAAGUCCUUGGAUACAAAGGCCAUAUUACAAAAAGUCGAGGAGAUAGUCUUACAAGGUUGGAGCGCCCAGCAGAUCGUAGAUCAGUUGCAUGACAAAUUCAUAUUGGACGAUUCGAUGAAUUCAUCAACUAAAAAUAAAAUUGCAAAGAUAUUAUUCGAAACUGACAGAAAAUUAAAUAAUGGUACCGAUGAACAUAUUCAAUUAUUGAACUUAUGCUUACAAAUAAAAAAAGUUUUAUAA